AUGACAUCAGCUUACUUCCGCCCAUCUACCUACAUGCCCGUACAUACUGUGAGCGUAGGGUAGGGGGGACUUAGAAAGGAGGAGAAAGGGAGUCCCUGACAUGCACUUUGUCGGAAUCUUGCCUUUGUCUUGGCGUAGGAUUAACCAGUUUAGAGGCAGUAGUAUAGGACAUGGGGGUAGGAGCGCAUUUUUCAUAUUCCGGAAUUCCUGGAAGUGGCCAAAUGGGUUUUUCCUGGAAUUUGGGGGGAUCACGUGACCUGAUCGAGGCUUAAAGACAUAUAUCAUAUCGCAGAAAUCAAAGCUAGACUAGAUAUUUACGAGAAAGACACUUGCGACUUGAAGGUGAGCCUCGAGUUCUCCCAGAAAGAUAUCAAGGACUUGAAACCAUGCUCAUCCCGACUGCAUGAGGUCGAAGAAGAGAUUGAAAAGAUGUGCGGUUCCCUCGAUUACCACACUGAUAAGAUCGAAUAUCUGGAGAACCAAAGUAGAAGGAGUAAUAUUCGAAUAGACGGCAUUCGAGAGGAAGAAGCAGAAACUUGGGACAACACCGAAACCAAAGUAAAGGAGAUACUCAAAGAGAAGCUUAACCUCAAUGAAGAACCGGAUAUCGAGCGGGCUCAUCGAGUCGGCAGAAGAGCAAAUGCUACAACUGGCUCCGUAAGACGUCCAAGGACCAUCGUCUGUCGCCUCCGCGAUUGGAAGCAAAAAGAACUGAUCAUCAGAAGUGCAAGGAGAAUCAAGCCCCUGGAAUUUUUGUUAAUGAAGACCUGGCACAAGAAACCCUUGACAAGAGGGAAGAGCAGCGUCCUAAGUUUGAAGAAGCGAGAAGAAAUGGGAAAAUAGCCUAUUUCGUUUUAGACAGGCUGGUUAUUAAAGACAGAAUUGAGCGUCCCAGUUAAGUAGCUGUGUAGUUUUGUGCUUUAGCUUUCUAUAAUUUUUAUAGUACGUAUUUAUGUGUUUAUUAUUUAUUAGCCAUGGCUUCGAUUCCUGAUCACACUUUACCUUUUAAUGCUUUUAGACGAUUAUAGUUUUAACCUUGCAAUUUACGAACUUCAACAUGGCCCGGUCCGUUAUGAUCCUGACAGACUUUCCAGCCUAAAUUACGAUCCUUUAUUUUCAAGUCACAAUCUUUCCCUAACUUUCGUUCUGACGAUAUAGAUCCUGAUGUUAAUUUCUGCACAGACGACGUCCACUGUGAUUACUACAUUGAAGACAAAUUUAACGAAAUGUUGAGAAAUGAUAAUUUAUGUGAUGAAGAUUUUUCGCUCCUACACCUAAAUAUUCGUAGUCUUCAACGUAAUCUAAACAGCCUUUCUAUUCUUUUGACAUGCUUGAAUAUUAAGUUCUCUUUAAUUGGCGUUUCUGAGACUUGGCUAAAUGAUUAUUCCCAUUCAGUAGACAUAGAUGGUUUCAAUUUUAUUCACAAACAUCGCCCAAAUAGAACUGGUGGUGGUGUUGGCUUAUAUAUUUCUGACAAUCUCGAUUUUAAAAUUCGCUGACUUGAGUUUUGACGAUAUUGAUGUUGCAGAAUCUUUGUUUAUUGAAAUAUCAAGACCCUAUGGGAAAAAUAUUAUCGGUGGUGUUAUUUACAGGCCACCUAAUCAGAGAGUUGGUGAUUUUGUGUCAAAACACAAUGAUCUGUUAGCGAAAAUCUCUAGAGAGAACAAAAUAUGUUUUAUUAUGGGUGAUUUCAAUUUGAAUUUAAUUAACUUUCAACAUCACCAAAACACUGGCGAAUUCCUUGAUGGAUUGCACUCGUAUAUGUUUUUUCCCAUGAUAACACGUCCCACCCGAAUAACUUCUCACACCGCAACAUUGCUAGAUAACAUUUUCGCAAACACAUUUUUUGAUCACUCGAGAAGUGGUUUAUUGAUUACUGACAUCUCUGAUCACUUACCUGUUUUUUCGAUUCAUUCAAAUAAUGACUCUUCCAACAGCCACGCUCAUGACCCAGUGGUCAUUCGAGACAAUAAUAAAGAAAACUUAGCGAGUUUUCUCGAAACGCUAAAACAAAUUACCUGGUCCUCCCUUGAUGGUUAUCAUGACCCCAAAAACGCGUAUAAUAGCUUUAUAAAGAAGUAUUCGGAAAGUUAUAAUGUGUGCUUCCCUGUAAAAAAAUUAACUAGAAAACAGUCCCGUUUAAAUAAACCGUGGCUAUCCAAUGCGCUUAUUAAGUUGAAUAUAAUGGCCACCGUUCGUUAAGAAAUGAAAUCUCUUGUGGGGUCCCUCAGGGUUCUAUCCUCGGACCUCUAUUUUUCUUACUGUACAUUAACGACAUCAACAAUGCUUCUAAUCUAUUAAAUCUGAUAUUGUUCGCUGACGAUACCAAUGUAUUCAUGUCACAUAAAGAUCUGAACCAUCUCUCAGAUAUGUUAAACUUGGAGAUGGACAAACUGUCAAUCUGAUUUAAAGCAAACAAGCUUUCUCUAAAUCUUAAAAAGACUACAUUUAUGGUCUUCAAACCAAGACAAAAGCGUUCAAUUUGUAAUAUUCAAAUAAGUAUAGAUAAUCAAAAUAUUGUUAAAGUAAAGGAGACAAAUUUUCUAGGCGUAAUUUUGGAUGAAAACCUAAAUUGGAAGUCGGAAAUAUCUCACGUUGCAAGUAAAGUUGCGAAGUCAAUCGGUAUAAUAUCUAGAUGCAGCUUCUUUCUUCCUAAAUCGUCUUUACGUAUGCUCUACUAUUCCUUAAUUUAUCCUUAUUUUUACUACUGCAAUAUCGUUUGGGCUUCGACCUAUAAAACUAAUCUCCGCCGCCUUGUUAUCCUGCAAAAGCGCAUUAUUAGAAUUAUUAAUAAAUCACAUUUUAAUGCUCAUACUGACCCCAUCUUUAAGGACCUCGGUAUACUAAAAUUUAAUGAUAUCCAUUUGCUUCAACUGGGCCAAUUUAUGUAUUCUUGCAAAAAAUUCAUUCUUACCUCCAAAGUUUAAUAACAAUUUCUCUCAAAGCAAUCAAUUCCACUCUUACAAUACAAGAAAUUCCCAGGCCUACCGUCUACCGUAUUGUCGCACAAACACGAAGAAGUUCUCGCCCCUUUUUUCAAGGGCCUAAGUUUUUAAUUCACUUGACAACAAGAUCAUCAACUCUCAAUCCCUCUCCUCUUUUUAAGAAAAAACUGAAGAUUAAAUUAUUGAGUAAGUAUGAAAACAGUUUAUAAAUCUUUCCAUCUUCGACUUUUCGCCUUCUUCUCUUCAAUUGAUGUGAAACAGCUCUAGCUCAUAGUUCGAGGAGGCCUAACCUCUCAUAAGCUCCUAUAGUUUCUGUUAGGUCUCCUCGCCACUUCUUUUUUUUUUUUUCUUCUUCUUUUCCUAUAUUUUUUGUAAUUAGUGUGGCAAAUAAAAUAAAAUAAAUAAAUAAAAUAAAUAAAUAUCAUUAUAUUAAUGAGCGCAGAUAUUAGAAAUAUUAUAUAUAUAUAUUAAUAAUAUAAUGAGCAAUCGUAAUGAACUAGUCAGAAGGCUAUUAUCUGGAAUCAAAAUGAGUGAACUCCAAAAUCUGGUUAAUAUAAGGGAAGAAGCGAAUCGCCCUAUUCCCCCUUAAAGAAGAAGAAGACAACAACAAGAACUAAGGAGAAAUGUCCAACAAUUAAUACAGGAUUUUGAGGAUAAUCCUAUUCCACAAUAUCGGCCUCGUCCUGCACCUCCAACAAAGAAACAACAACCAGUACUAGCCCCUAGAACACAAAUCAGUGAGAAAUGAAGGGCUAUGAAUGGUUAUACUAGAUUAUUUGAGAUAUCAUUAAAGUCUGAUAGAGAUGCCUUAGUACAGCUACAAAAUACUAGACUGGCAAUUACUAGAUUGUUUGAUACUAUACUUAGUAAUACAAAAGGUUUCAAAUUUUGGGGAGACUCUUAAGGUUUACUUUUAUUAAAAGAAAGGAUGAUAUUAAUGCAAAUAAGCCACCCUAUUCUAAUAGUAGGGCGCAGAUUGUCAUUAAUCCCAAUGAUUUUUUACCAAGCCUAGAAUUAUCACAACAGCAAAUAUUGAAUGGAAAUGGUGUAUGGCUGGACUAUUUUUAACAUUGAUGAGCACUAUAUUAAUACUGUUGUGUAUGAUGUAUUGAAAGGUUCCUCUUAUAUACCACUACGACGGAACUUAGUAAUUCAAUCAUGGGAUUAGUUAGCAUUAAAGAUGAAGAUAAUGAGUGUUUCAGAUGGUGUCACAUCCGCUAUUUGAACCCACAGAAAAAAGAUCCCCAGCGGAUCAAAAAAUCAGACAGAGAAGUAUUGCUAGACUUGGAUUAUGAUGGUAUUGAGUUUCCUAUUAGUAUAAAAGAUUAUGCUAAACUUCAGUGGAAAGAUACUGUAAAUAUUAGUGUUUUCGGCUAUGAGAACAAACAAUUUUAUCCUAUUUGUUUCCAAAGAGCGUAACGAGGAAGUUUUGAACCUACUGCUUAUAACGGAGGGCAAGAAGAAACAUAAUGUUCUUAUCAAGGAUUCUAAUAGCUUACUGUAUAAUAAGACCAAACAUAAGGAGAGAAAGCAUUUUUGGGUGCACUGUCUCCAAUGUUUUAGUACUGAAGAGAUACUUUCCAAUUAUAAGACCAACUGCAUGGUAAUCAAUGGUCAGCAGUCUAUCAGGAUGCCACAGAAAGGGAAUAAUAUGUUACAGUUCCAAAAUUAUCCUAGGAAGAUGCGGUACCAUAUGUAA